CUCGUAAUUACGACUUAGUAAAAACUCAAAGGAUGAUGUGGUUUUCAUAGAAUGGUGUGCUUUCGUGGAACGGUUGUAGCUGUCAUUACUUGAAGAUGGACAGAAACAAACUGUGUAAAUUCUACUUUCAUCUGGGGUUGCCGUACAAGCAUAUAUUAAGUUUCCUAGCUGAAGGACAUGGAAUAUGCAUCAGUUUGAGAACGCUUAAAAGAAUUUUGCGAGGUGAGGGUCUCUUCCGUAGAAAGUUCCAUACGGAUAUCCUUGAUGCUGCAUUAUUCAUACAAGAGAAAAUAACAUCGAUAGGUAAUCAGCAAGGCUAUCGAUGGAUGCACCUGCAGUGCUUACAUCAAGGUAUCACCAUACCAAGAGACAAUGUUCAAUUUCUGAUGCAACUGUUGGAUCCUAUUGGAGUCGAGUUGCGUCUAAGGAAACGGUUAAGAAGGCGGCGAUAUUUCUCGAAAGGUCCCGAUUUUCUUUGGCACGUAGAUGCAUAUGACAAGUUGAAGCGGUACGGGCUAUGCAUCAGUGGGUGCAUUGAUGGAUUUUCACGGCAUCUGAUAUGGUUGAAUGUGUAUACUACCAGCAGCGACCCCAGAGUUAUUGCUGGAUAUUACAUGGAAGCUGUAGAUUCUAGGAAAGGAUGCCCCUCUCUCAUGCGUGGAGACAAUGGUACCGAAAAUGGACAUGUUGCCCAGAUGCAGAAUUUCAUGACGAGGAAUAAUACCUUCAUUUUCGGUAGAAGCACUGCAAAUCAGAGAAUAGAAAUGUUUUGGUUUUUUUUGAGGAAGCAGUGCUGCCAGUACUGGAUGGAUGCGCUAGGUGUACUGGCAGACGAGGGAUUGUUCAAUGAGAGUUUCUUUGACAGAAAUUUGAUUCAGUUCUGCUGCAUGGCCUUACUCCAGGGGGAUUUAGACGACAUGAUCCGCGUUUGGAAUGCACACAAUAUUCGUCCAACAAAGAACCAGAACAGUCCUCAUGGUCGUCCCAUCGUCAUGUACAUGCUACCUUCCUCUUACGACACUCGCAGUCCAUCGUCAUGUACAUGCUACCUUCCUCUUACGACACUCGCAGUUACCUGCAUGACAUAG